AUGUUCGAGUUUAAAGCACGUGCUUGCGAACGCCGCUUUACCUCCCUAGGUAGCGGCACGAGCUCAGUAUACAAAAUGGCGACUAUGCAGCAGAAAGCGUUUUGUGUGUUAGAGCACGCGCGAUGUUUAACGGUUGUUACAGUGCACGACGGUAUGGAACUGAUUCUCCAGGUCAUCAGAGCAUUCUGCGAUAGUAUCGACAAUUCAAGAAGACAGGUUGCAUUACUAAACGUAAAAGUACCGGAAGACCACGAGUUCCUGACGAAAUGGUGGACGCAGUUAGACACAGUUUCACGCGUUCUCCGCGACAGUUCACUAGCAGAGCAGGAAGUGAACUUGGUAUUCCCCAGCCAACCGUAUGGAAAAUUUUGCGGAAACGAUUGCGAUUCAAACGGUACCGUCUACAGAUGCUACAAAGCUUACGACCUGACGACCACGUAA